AUGGGCGCAUCAUCGUCAAAAGCAGCACAAGGCGCGGCGCGCAAGUUCCCGACCCGCGCGCCCGGCGCCGUGCCGCCCACAUCAGCGAACAGGGCAGCUCCGGCCCCUACUCAAUCGCAGCCGAACACACAUCCAAAGGCACAGGCUGCGACGUCCAAGACAGAUGAUGUCCUCGCGGACUCAAUCAACCCUGAAGUCAGCGAAGAGUUCUCCUCCCGCCUGCGCCAGAUGGGCGUCGUGCAGCCCAACCCGACAUAUUCUGCCACUUCGACGGCGUCGCUGCCAGCUCACGCGGCUGCCAUCUCGAACCCGGGGCCCUUGUUCCCUCCCACGUCACGAAACGCGACACUGGCUACUCUGGAGGCGAGGCGCGCCUUGCAACAGCGAGCUGAAGAGGAGUUUGAGAACAUGGGCAGGAGCGGGAACGACGGCAGGACGUUGCUGGACCUCAACACCAUCGUGCAGAUGCAUCUGAUGCGCGACAAGGGACACUCGUCAGCUCAGAUUGAGGAAAGACUCAAUCUGAAGAAGGGCAUCGUGGAGAAGCUGGGUCGUCCGGGCAUCACGAGUCCCGCUUGA